UAUUUAAUCGCCACUGGGCGCUUUACCUUUUGCGCUAUAUUUGGGCUGCACUGGUGGGUGGCACUGGUGGGCAGCACUGGUGGGUGGGCACAGGUGGGUGGCACUGGUGGGCACAGGUGGGUGGGCACAGGUGGGUGGCACUGCUGGGCACAGGUAGGUGGCACUUCUGGGCACAGGUGUGUGACACUGCAGAGUGGCACAGGUGGGUGCACUGCUGGGCACAGGUGGGUGCACUGCUGGCCACAGGUGGGCGGAACUUGUGGGUGGCAUUGCUGGGCACCGAUCAUCAGGGCACUGAUCAUCAGUGCCCUGAUGAUCGGUGCCGAUCCCCGCUCUGACAACUGCCGGUUCUCGGCAGUACUUUCCUCACGAUCUGACAGCGUGAGGAAAGUGCAGCCGAGAACCGGCACUUGC